AUGGCUUCUUCCAAGUUCUUGAUCAUUGCUUUUAUGGCUACUUUGGCUCUCUCGAGCAUCGAUGUCGGCCAAGCUGCCCGCCAUCUCUUGCAAACCGCUCCACCCUUGGUGCCAAACCUUCCGGUGAUUCCAACCGGGAUACCACCAUUGCCUGCCUUGUCAAACCCUACUCUUCCAAAUUUACCACAACCCACAUUACCUAAGGUUAAUCUCCCUCCGCUUCCGAGCUCUCCGGUGAACAUCCCCAGCGGGCUAGCAUUGCCACCGCUCCCGAACAUGGCUCUUCCGAACUUUCCAUCAAUCCCUACCAUUCCAACUUCAUUUCCUUCCAUCCCAUUUUUAUCUCCUCCUCCUGCAACUUCUUCCUCCCCCUAA